AUGCGGUCGCGGAGCGUCAAUCUCCGGCAAACAAUUUGGCUGGUAGUCGAAUUGCAGGAACUGGUCCUUAGCAAAGUGACCUUCUAUGUCAACCCUAACUGGGACCUUUUGGAGAGACCGAUCGAUGAUUUGGGCCAAUACUACAAUCUUUGUCCCUUCAUCGACCUGUACACUCGAAACCAAGAACAUGCCACGUCGAAAGAAAAUAUCAGCAUUGCAAUGGCUGCGUUACCAGCCCAGGAUGUGCAAGAUUUGUUGAAUGGAAAAAGGCAACAGGAGAGAACUGGCAUGACAGAAACAGGAGAUAUUUUAGAGUCAAUCACAGGUACUCUGGGAGCUUUUAACUUUGCCGUCCCCAAAAACCUGGAUGAAGAAACUGCGAGGGCUAGGAUUGGCCAGUGCGUUCGGAGCACUAUUAAGAGCCUUCAACGUCUCAGACUUGAGCAUGGAGGCGAUACCAGCAUACACCCUUUGAAACUCUAUUCGCUAAUAGCCGGAACCAUCCACGGUACCUUGAGUGACUCGCAGCCUAAAACAGAUGAUAUCUACAAGGAAAGAAGAAUAAAGAUUGUCAUUGACCUGCUUCUGAGUGCCUUGGCGAAAUUGAAGAACCACGAGAUCCGGGCCGAUCGCGAACAUAUUGCAAGAUUCAGCAAAGUACAGUGCCUCAAAAGCUGGUCCAGAGGGACUGGGAGAGCGACCUUUUCUGCCCAUAGUGUGAUGAACCUGGCGUCCGCCCGAGAGUGUACUGUCCCGACGGAUAUAGCUUACUCGCUGAUGGGUAUACUUGGCGUGCGAUUCCCGGCAUUCCCAGCAGAGGGACUAACAAAAGCUUUGGCUCGUUCGAUGGAUGAAGUCGUAAUUGCCUCAAAUGACGUCUCUGUAUUCAACUGGUCCGGGAAACACAAUGGAAGCCCCAUAAGGGGCCGGUCUCUGUAUGCUUCUAAUAUUAGUGGGUUUCGGGUUGAGAAUACAGAGUUGCAAGAAAAUUUCGACGCGGAUCAAGAGCUGAUGCGAUAUUUUCGUGAGCAACGCAUAAAAGACUUGUGGAUGGCUGGCCGUGUUUAA